CUCACGCAGCUCACCGAUGGAGGAAAGAGGAACGGGGGCGGCGCCCGGGCUGGAAGCGGAGCUGGUCUCGAUCCCGGCGACCCCGCGGGGGGUCUCGACGCCGGAGACGGUGACCCCGACCGGCCAGCGGUCGCCGCGGCCUCCUGGACCCGGCGGCGGCGCACCUGCAGCCGGGGCCAACUCGGUUAAGUCGUGGACUCCGACGCCGGCGAUGGUGUCGCCGCGGUUUCUGAGCCCGUCGAUAUCUUCGACGGUGGGGACGCCCAUGAAGCGCGUGCUGGUGAACCUGCGCGGCUACCUUGAGGAGGUGGGCCACCUGACGAAGCUCAACCCCCAGGACGCCUGGCUCCCCAUCACCGAGUCCCGCAACGGCAACGCCCACUACGCCGCUUUCCACAACCUCAAUGCCGGCAUCGGCUUCCAGGCCCUCCUCCUCCCCGUCGCCUUCGCUUUCCUCGGAUGGAGUUGGGGCAUGAUAGCUCUGACCAUUGCUUACUUUUGGCAACUUUACACUCUCUGGAUUCUGGUUAAGCUACAUGAAGCUGUGCCUGGCAGAAGAUACAAUAGAUAUGUGGAGCUUGCACAGGCUGCAUUUGGAGAAAGGUUAGGCGUUUGGCUCGCCUUAUUCCCAACAGUUUACUUAUCAGCAGGAACUGCGACUGCACUGAUUCUAAUCGGAGGGGAAACAAUGAAGCUCUUUUUCCAGAUCGUCUGUGGAUCCCUUUGUUCAUCAAACCCGCUUUCAACUGUCGAGUGGUAUCUUGUAUUCACAAUAUUGUGCAUUGUCCUGUCUCAGCUUCCAAACCUCAACUCCAUUGCUGGGCUCUCUCUUAUCGGAGCCGUAACAGCAAUCACUUAUGCUACCAUGGCCUGGGUCCUCUCGGUCAGUCAAGAAAGGCCACCUUCCAUCUCUUAUCAGCCCCUGGCAUCCACUUCUUUCGGUGCCACAGCUUUUUCAAUCUUGAAUGCCCUCGGCAUAAUAGCAUUUGCUUUCAGAGGACACAAUCUUGCUCUAGAGAUUCAGGCAACAAUGCCAUCGACCUUCAAACAUCCUGCACAUGUUCCAAUGUGGAGAGGAGCUAAGGUUGCUUAUCUUCUUAUAGCCUUGUGUUUAUUCCCUAUCGCCAUUGGAGGCUUCUGGGCCUACGGAAACCUGAUGCCAGCAGGAGGAAUACUGAAUGCUCUUUACGCCUUUCACAGCCAUGAUAUCCCUAGGGGACUUCUGGCAACAACAUUCCUCUUGGUGGUGUUCAAUUGCCUCAGUAGCUUCCAGAUAUACUCCAUGCCUGUGUUCGACAGUUUCGAGGCAGGUUACACCAGCCGAACGAAUCGACCCUGCUCGAUUUGGGUCCGAUCUGGGUUCCGAGUCUUCUACGGUUUCAUCUCGUUCUUCAUCGGGGUAGCACUGCCUUUCCUCUCUAGCUUGGCUGGCCUGUUGGGUGGUCUCACUCUCCCUGUCACCUUUGCUUACCCUUGUUUCAUGUGGAUUGGUAUAAAGAAGCCUCAGAGGUUUAGCUUCAGCUGGUAUCUUAAUUGGAGCCUUGGCAUCAUCGGCAUGGCUUUCAGCUUAGCCUUAUCUGCAGGAGGUGUUUGGAGCAUGGUGAACAGUGGGCUAAAGCUCAAGUUCUUUAAGCCUAACUAGGUUCCUAAAGUUUUGAUAUAUGGCAUAAAGUCCAACAAGUAUGUUGUUGUCAUCCUCAAGGUUUGUCUUUUAAUGUAUUAUUAUGUGUGAUGGAUGCUUGUUUCUGAAGUCAUAGCUUGAUUAAUUCCA